AUGGAGGAGCUGAAUAGGGUGAGUGCCGAAAACAAGAAGCUAACUGAAAUGCUAACCGUGGUUUGCGAACAAUAUACCGAGCUAAGAAGCAAGUUAAUGGAGUACACAGGCAAUAAUUGUGAGGUGGGAAAUGCAAAUAACAAUAAGAAUGGUAUUACAUCAUCAAGAAAGAGGAAGGCCGAGAUGGUCGGUAUCGACGAAGGCAGCGAUAAUAUUGUUGUCGAACGAACAUAUGUUAAUGCGGGGUCCACAGACAGCAGCUCGAGUGGCGAGGAUCAUUCGUUCAAGAAACCAAAGGAGGAAAUCGUCAAGGCCAAGAUUUCGCGGGUUUGUGUCCGAACAGAAGCAUCCGAUACCAGCCUUAUAGUGAAGGAUGGUUAUCAAUGGAGGAAAUAUGGACAGAAGGUGACUAGGGACAAUCCUUCACCAAGAGCUUACUUCAGGUGUUCUUUUGCUCCUACUUGUCCAGUCAAGAAGAAGGUGCAAAGGAGUGUAGAAGAUGAGUCGGUAGUAGUUGCGACGUACGAAGGAGAACACAACCAUCCCCACCCUUUGAAGAGCGAUUCGAGUCCCACAUCCAACAGGAGCAUGAAACCUGGCAAUGCCCCGCGCUCAAAUGCUCAGGGGUCCUCUGCUCAAACAAUCACACUCGACCUGACCAAACGCAACCCAACUCCCCGAGAGACGGGAAGUUCAAGGGAAAAAUCCGAGUCGCCACUAGUACUUCCUCAGUACUUUGUGGAGCAAAUGGCUUCCACUCUGACUAAAGACCCCACUUUCAAAGCUGCAUUAGCGGCUGCUGUUUCAGGAAAGCUUCUUCAGCAGAAUAAACGGACGUGA